UCCACCCGGGUAUAUAUAGCAGAAUCGGUCGAGAAAAUUCCAAGCCACAGCGAAGCGAAGGUGAUGCCUGGCCAUUGGUAUGCACAAGCCAUUCUCAGAUCGGUUCCAAGUCCAUUUUAAAGCCAGCCAAGGAGAAUCUUGAGCAUUAUGGCUCUGCACUUUUGGUUUCGUUUGGUAUUUUUAAAAGCGUGACGAAAAGCGAAAAACAAAUCGAAUGUGAGUCCGUGUUUUGCAUAGCAAAUCGUCGCUGGAUUUCGAUCCAUCCAUCGGCAAGUCUUUGAAUGACCCACAAAAACUGCCGGGUUGCGUUCAGAAAUUUAUAAAGCUGGGUUCUAUUGCUCCGAUCAUGUUUAUUUCGUUUUCAGAACGUUGAGCUAUCAGAUCUUAUCAGCUCGGAUUAGCUAUGUACAGGAAAUUAGUAAGUCUCAAGCGGUUCUCUACGGAGAAGUCGAUGCACUUGCUCAAAGAUGAUGAGGCCUCGCCAUCGGUGGCCAUUUCAGGUGGUACUCCUCCUUCUGAUCCACCUGGGUGCGGCGGGUCAGAUCCAGGAUGCUGCCGAGGAGAUCGAAGUGCCCCCUGCUCAUCGGGCUGCUCCACCACCGCCUCGCCAGGAAGCUGGAGCUGCUGUUCCCCCACAACCACUGGGGCCACCACCACUUGUCGGCUCUGCACCGCCUCCGAGCUAUCCUUUGUUCUACCCAGCUGCGUGGCUGCCAUUCGGACGCUACAGCACCUCCAUUCCCGUCCACCUAGUGGCUGCCUAGGGGAGCAUUCUCCCAGUGGCCACAAUCUGGUCAAGGGCCACUCUUGUCCCUCCUGUUGAAUACUUUUCCCUGUUAUGUUUGUUAGCUUACUCGCUAUUGCCCGCUUUGAAUCGAAAAUAUAUUUUUAGACACGCA